GCCCCGCUCCCGUGUGCCGGCCCGGAGCCCUAGGCCGCGCCGCCCGGGCCUGCGCGCAGCCGCGGCCCGACGCGACGCGACCCGAGAGCGGCAGCGGCCCGGAGCAGCGGCGGCGGCGGCGGCGGCUCGGCCCGGGGCGGCGGCGGGAUGUCGGGGGCGGCGGUGCGGGUGCUGCGCCUGGGGCUGCGGCCCUACGGCGAGGCGGUGCGGGCGCAGCAGCGGUGCGCGGCGGCGGCGCGGGCGGGCGCGGCCGAGGCGCUGGUGCUGAGCGAGCCGGCGGCGCCCGUGUACGCGUGGGGGCUGCGCGGCGCCCCGGAGGCGGCGGCGGCGGCGCGGCUGCGGGCGCGGGGCGCGGCGCUGGCGGCGGCGCGGCGCGGGGGGCUGCUCACCUUCCACGGGCCCGGGCAGCUGCUGGCGCUGCCGGUGCUCGACCUGCGGCGCCGCCGCCUGCCGCUGCGCGCCUACGUGGCGGCGCUGGAGGCCGCCGCGCUGGGGCUCUGCCGCCGCCUCGGCCUCGCCGCCGCCCGCGCCCUGCCGCCGCCCUACACCGGCGUCUGGCUCGGCGACUGCAAGCUCUGCGCCAUCGGCGUGCACUGCGCCCAGCACAUCACGUCGCACGGGCUGGCGCUCAACUGCUGCACGGACCUGGCCUGGUUCGAGCACAUCGUGCCCUGCGGCCUGGAGGGCCGCGGCGUCACCUCGCUGAGCCGCGCGCUGGGCCGCCACGUGCCCGUCGACGCCGUCCUCGAGCCCUUCCUCGACGCCUUCCGCGAGGUCUUCGGCUGCGCCCUCGUCUUCGCCGAGGAGCCCCCGGCCGCCGGCGGCGACUGCGAAAUAAAGACUGUUUAACGGGA